CUAUCACUGUCAGUGACGCAAAGAUGGCGUCCUCCGCUGCCCGGCUUCUCUGCUCCGGACUGAGCGGACGGUUCCUCUCCGUUUCUGCCCGUCAUGCAGCACUCUGCUCGGUCUCAGUGUGGCCUAGUCCCCGGGGAGAGAGAGCCGAGAACCGGAGCCUCUGUCCGGCGUCAGGGAGAAAUGUGGUGACAUUGAGAGGAAUGACAGGCUGCAGGUCGAGUCGCUCGUUCCACACCAGCAGCAGUCGGGGGGGAAGCCAGCAGGAUCUGUACCAGGUGCUGGGCGUCCCGCGCUCUGCGACUCAGAAGGACAUCAAGAAGGCUUACUACCAGUUGGCGAAGAAGUUCCACCCCGACACAAACCCAGACGACCCCGAGUCCAAAGAGAAGUUCGCCAAGCUGGCCGACGCCUACGAGGUGCUGAGUGACGAGCUGAAGAGGAAGCAGUACGACACGUACGGAGCAGCGGGCUUCAACCCGAGUGGCGGGGGGGCGGGUCAGCAGCAGUACUACAAAGCGGGGGGGUCCAGCAUCAACCCGGAAGAGCUGUUCCGGAAGAUCUUCGGAGAGUUCAGCGGGGGGAGGGGCUUCGGAGACUUCAACAGCAUGUUUGAACAGAGACCAGAGUUUGUGAUGGAGCUGACGUUCUCCGAGGCAGCGAAAGGCGCUCAGAAGCCUCUGACGGUGAACCUGGAGGACGCGUGUCCUCGCUGCGAUGGGAAGGGCAGCGAGCCCGGCACCAAGGUGUCUCACUGCCACUACUGCAACGGCACCGGCAUGGAGUCCAUGAACACGGGUCCCUUCAUGAUGCGCAGCGCCUGCCGCCGCUGUGGAGGAAGAGGCUCCAUCAUCAUCACCAUCUGCCUCCUGUGCCGAGGCUCCGGACAGACCAAGAAGAGGCAGACCGUCUCCGUGCCCGUCCCCGCAGGAGUGGAGCACGGUCAGUCAGUGCGCAUGUCAGUGGGCAGUAAAGAGAUCCUCAUCACGUUCAGGGUGCAGAGGAGCCCGGUGUUCAAGAGGAACGGAGCCGACAUCCACUCCGACGUGUUGAUCUCCGUGGCUCAGGCCAUCCUCGGGGGCACCGCCACAGGGCCGGGCCUCCACCAGACCAUCAGCAUCAUCGUGGAAAAACAAGCUGAUGAAGAAUCCACGGAGCGCCCUGGAAGAGGGAGACGUGUUUUUGUGUCGUCUUUUACGCGGGGAUGGAUCUGCGGCUGACAGGCCGUGUGAAGGCCAGGAGAAAGGAGGUGGACUACUGGCCGCUGCGCACUUUGAACCUCUGCUCUCUGAGACUGUCAGAAGAAAGAAAUGACUUUAUUUCCCCGCUCACAUCUCGACUCCAGUUAGUGAGCCUCCUCUCCUCUGAAACUCAAACUGUCCGUGUUGCAUUCACAACCCAACCGGUAGAUUAAAACGCUGAGCCCUCCAUCUUCUGUCUCCUCGUGUUUCUUUCUCGGAGAACUGAAAGCAGGGUUCCUACGGUCAGUCAAAACCUGGAAAAGUCAUGGAAAUGUAACUAAAGUUGCAUCAAAUAUCAUUUAUAUUUUAUCUAAUCGCCGAAAUAGUAAUACUAUAACGAUAAUAAAUACUGUAUAGUAAUGAAACGUAAAAUGGCUUUUAACUGACAAGGUGUUUUGCUGGUGAGAGACUUGAGUUGCUUUAGCUGAAGAAGCUAUAAGCCUAUUUGAUUUGUUUGAGAUCGCUCAACAUGUUUCAUAUGCAGACUUUAUUUUCCUGUUCCAUGUUAAAAUAAACCAUUUUCAGAGAGUAA